AUGUUGCCAUCACAAGUAACAGGAAUUUAUACUGAAGAUAUAGAUUCAUCGUCAUCAGCAUUACAAUGUCGAAUACAAUAUCUUGAUGAUAUUGAUCCAUUUUCAAGUGUCAAUCUACCAGAACCAGCUCGACCUCCGUCCUUUACAUUUUUGACAUCAACUAUUUUAAGUAACCAAUUACCUAGUGUACACAAAGUUCUUAAUGCACCACAUCAAAUUUCUGAUUGUACACUUGAAUUAUGUCGACAAGAUGGAACUAAAACAGAAUUUGGACCAUAUCUUGAAUUAGAUCAAACAUUAGAUGAACAACGUGAAGAAAUUGAAACUUUUACGCAAGGAUAUAAAUGGUCAAUUGUUCUUCGUACACAACUUAAUGUUCGAGUUCAAGCUUGUAUAGAUAAAUUAUUGAAUUCGGAUGGACGUGAAUUACGAAGAUCAUUAUUUUCACUGAAACAAAUUUUUCAAGAUGAUAAAGAUCUUGUACAUGAAUUUGUUAAUAAUCAAGGUUUACAAUGUUUAAUUAAAAUUGGUGGUGCAGCUGAUCAAAAUUAUCAAAAUUAUAUUUUACGAGCACUUGGUCAACUAAUGUUAUAUGUUGAUGGAAUGAAUGCUGUUAUAAAUCAAAAUGAAGUUGUUCAAUGGUUGUAUUCAUUAGUAGAAUCAAGUUUUCGACUUGUUGUAAAAACAAGUUUAAAACUUUUAAUUGUAUUUGCUGAAUAUACAGAAUCAAAUGCAUUAUUAAUCAUAUCAGCUGUAACAGAAGUUGAUAAAUCAGCUAAACGCUUAUUAUGGGCAAAUGCAAUGAAAAUAUUAAAUGAAAUGGAUAAUUCAUCAACAGAAGUUGUUUUAUUAAUAAUUACAUUAUUUAAUACAGUUUUAUCAGCUAUACCUGAUCAAGAUACAUUUUAUGAUAUAACCGAUGCAUUAGAAGAGCAAGGAAUGCAUCAGUGUACACAAUUUUUUCUAAAUAGAAAACCAGCUGAAGCCGAUCUGAUUGAACAAUUUCAUAUCUAUGAUGCUGCUCUUCGACGUGAAGAUGGCGAAGAUGAUGCAAUAAUUGCUCAAUCAAUAAGGCGUGCACCACGUACAAAAUCUAUAUUUGAUCGUAUAUCAUCACGUCGUUAUUCAUCUGUUGAUUCAAAUUAUUCAUAUGAUAAUCAACAAGAACCUAGAAUAAUUUCUAAUAAUAAUCAAGAUAUUUGUCAAAAUCAUUUGGAUUUAACCGAUUCAACAUUGCCAACAUAUGAUGAUGUGAUCAUAUCAUCGAAUGAACAAGCUGAUUCAACCGUAUCAUUCAAUGUUGAUAUAGAUGAUGAUGAUGAUAAUGAUGAGCGAAAAACACGAGUUAAAAGUAUGAUUGAUAAUCGACAAAGUAUUCGACGAAGUUCAUCGCAUACACAUCAAACUCCGAUUUCAUCAUUUCAAAAAAACGAACAAGAAAUAUCAAAACCAUUACCAGAUAGUACAGCUCUUCGUCGAAUGCAAAAUCGAUGGGAAACAGAAAUUUUACAUCGUGAAGUACCUCGAACAACACGAACCGAACGUAGUCAUGAUCGUUGGGGGACAUCAAAUGAUGAACAAAGUCCAUUAUUUGAUACCAAUAGAUCAACGACGACUCAACAGAUAAAACCGUUAACAUCCAUUGAUAGUCAUACUGUUCCGUCCAGUUGUUUUACACGUUUGUCAGCUAAUAUUGAGCCUGUCUCACCUCCACCUUCUCAUGCAAAUGAAACACAAGUAUUUACACGAGCUGUAUUUACUCACCGAAGAAAUUCAAAUAGUAACAGUACAGUUGAAACAUUAGCACGUCAAAUAAAUGUAUCAACAAUGAAUGGAAAUGAUAUAUCAUUAACUAAUGGUCAACCAACUGUAUUUGUCAAAGAACCUAAAGUGAUACCAUCAUCAGAACUUGUUGGUGCAGUAACAAGAGCAAAAGAUGGUUUACAAGCAGCAACGGCUAAAACACCUCAAAUCUCUACAACAUGUUUUGUUUUGCCUGGUCCAUCGCCUGAUACAUUAUUAUCAAAACCUUUAUCAGAUAAUGACCUCCAAUGGGAAUAUGUUAUUGGCAAAGUAUCAGACCGUAAAUUGCGUGUACAAGAUCUUAAUUUCGAAGAAUUGGAUGAACAAGAUGAUACAGGCAUUAUGAAUAUGGUUACUAAUCGAGGAGAGCCACCUCCACCACCACCAAUGAUGAAUGGAAAUGGACCUCCUCCUCCUCCUCCUCCUCCUCCACCACCUCCACCAAUGAUAGGAUGCCCACCGCCGCCACCACCACCACCUCCGCCACCGAUGGGAUGCCCUCCUCCACCUCCACUUCUACCACGAGGCAUGAUACCUUCAUCAUUCACAAUGAGUAAUGGUAGUGUAGGUGGAGAAUCAUUAUUAUCAAAACCAUCCUCAAUUAAUAAAUCAGUAAAAACUGUACGUUUACAUUGGCGUGAGACAGCUCCAAAUACAAUGCUAUCAGUAUUCGGAGCGAAUGAUUCACUUUGGACAUCAUUGAAUAAAAUCAAAUUAGAUACCGAUAAAUUAGCACACUUAUUCGAAUUGAAACAAGCUGAAGUUAAAAAAAGUGGUGAUGUAAAAAAAGAAAUAACUGUACUCGAUCCAAAACGUUCAAAUGCAAUUAAUAUUGGUCUAACAGUUUUACCAACAGCUCGAUCAAUCAAAGCAGCAAUUUUGAAAAUGGAUAGUAGUGUUAUUAAUAAAGAAGGCAUUGAGAAAUUAUUAACAAUGCUUCCAACCGAAGAAGAAAAAAAUCGUAUAAUAGAAGCUCAAAUGGCUAAUAGUGAUAUACCAUUAGGCAAUGCUGAAUAUUUUUUAUCAACAAUUGGAGCUGUUGUUGAAUUAGAAGCUCGUUUAAAAUUAUGGUUAUUUAAACUUGAUUUUGAUAAUAUUGAAUUGGAAAUUGCUGAACCAUUAAUGGAUUUAAAAAAUGGAAUGAAAAAUUUGAAAGAGAAUAUAACAUUUCGACGUAUACUUGAAAUUCUUCUUGCUGUUGGUAAUUUUCUUAAUGGAGCUGAAUCAAUCGGUUUUCAACUUGAUUAUCUUGCUAAAGUUCCUGAAGUUAAAGAUACUAUUCAAAAACAUUCAUUAUUAUUUCAUGUGUGCAAUAUUGUCGUUGAAAAAUAUCCUGAUACAAGUGAUUUCUAUUCUGAAAUUGGUGAAAUAACACGAUGUUCAAAAAUUGAUUUUGAUGAACUCGAACAAAAAUUAAAUAAAGUUGAAAAUGAUUGUCGAGCAGCAUUUGAAUAUUUAAGAGCUAUUAGUAAACAUGAAACAUUACAAAUAAAAACAAAACUGGCAGAAUUUUUGACUGACUGUGCCGAACGUGUUUGCUUAUUGAGAGUUAUACAUAAUCGUGUAUUAAAUCGUUUUCGAAGAUUUCUUCUUUGGCUUGGUUACUCUCUUAGUGUAAUACAAGAGACAAAAGUAACACAAUUUUGUAAAAUUCUUAGUGAAUUUGCACUUGAAUAUCGAACAACACGUGAACGUAUAACAACACAAAAACAAAAAAAACAAAAUCGUGGUGAACGAAAUAAAACAAGAGGCAAAUUAAUAACUGAGAUUAUUUCAGAAAAAGGCAAUCCACUUAAAGAUGUUAUAUUGAAUGGUUUUCGAACAGAUGAUGAAUCUAGUUCUAGUUAUCAACCAGUAAAAGAAAAAACUUCUUCAUCAACUAUUUCACAAGAUUAUGAUAUUAAGCCAUCAUCUUCUAUCUCAGAUAAAAAUUCAAAACAACAAUUUAAUCAAAGAAAUGCUCAACCAAAUAUGUUAAGUGAUCUAGCAGCUGUAGUAAGAAGUACAUCAAAAGAUGGUCAAGUUAUGCCUGGCCAUCGAUUACGACAAAAAGCAUCUACGAAUAAUUUACAAAAACCAUCCGGAUCAAAUUCAUCAACAGUGAAUGCAAUAGAAUCAAAUAAAUCUAAUGAAACUGAAGGAUUCGAUACAAGUGAUGAAUUACUUGAUACUCUUGUUAAAAAUGCUGCAUUAACAACAACAAAAGAUGUAAUAAAACAACGUCGAAUAGCUCGAUAUGCCCAACGUCAAUCAUUAAGACGAACCCUUCAAAUAAAUUUGAAUGAAGAAGAACAAGCUCAAUUUAUUAAACGCUAUGCAUCAUCACAAGCUUUAGCUACUGAUUUAAAAAGUAUUGUAGGAAAUGACAAUGUAGGAACCAGUACAGCUAUUCGAGAACAACAUAGCCAUGAUGAAUCAUAUCAUGCAGGUCAUCAGCCGGAUGUUGUUGUUUUUGCACAAAGUACAGAACAUGUUUCAAAUAUUGUUAAAUAUUGUGCAUCUAAACGAAUCCCUAUUAUACCAUUUGGUACUGGUACUGGCGUAGAAGGUGGUGUUACUGCUUCUAAAGGUGGUGUAUGUCUUGAUUUGAGUCGAAUGAAUAAAGUAUUGUCGGUAAAUGCUGAAGAUUUCGAUUGCACAGUUCAAGCUGGUGUUACUCGAAAUGCUUUAAAUUCUUAUAUUCGUGAUACUGGUCUUCAGUUUCCAAUAGAUCCUGGUGCAGAUGCAUCUCUUGGUGGUAUGUGUGCAACAAGUGCAUCAGGAACAAUGGCUGUUCGAUAUGGAACAAUGCGUGAAAAUGUGAUGAACUUAGAAGUUGUUUUAGCUGAUGGUAGUAUUAUCAAAACAGCAGGACUCAAAGGAAGAAGUCGAAAAACAUCAUCAGGUUAUAAUUUAACUAAUUUAUUUGUUGGUCAAGAAGGUACAUUAGGUAUUAUUACUGAAGCAACACUCAAAUUACAUGCAACUCCUGAAGCAGUAUUUAUUCAAUCUAGAUAUAAGCUAAAACCAAUACAUAUGAUGGUAGAUGCUUGUAAUCGUUUUUCAAAAUUGGAUCUUGAUGUAUCACCAACAUUAUUUCUUGAGUUUCAUGGUAGUAAGAGUAAUAUUGAUGCUCAAGGACAAAUAGCAGAAGACACAUGCAAAUCAUUUGAAUGUCUUAAAUUUGAUUUUGCUACUGAUCCUGAGAAGCGUGCCGAAUUAUGGAAGGCAAGGCAUAAUGCGUGGUAUGCUGCUCAAGCAAUUAAACCAGGUUCAAAGGGCUACAGUACUGAUGUAUGCGUUCCAAUUAGCGCUUUGCCUGAAAUAGUGACAUUUGCAAAAGAUGAGUUAAAACGAUUGAAUUUAUUAGGACCCAUUGUUGGUCAUGUCGGUGAUGGAAAUUUCCAUGUAUUUGUUAUUGUUGAUCCAACAAAUCCUAAAGAAAUCGAAUUAGUUCAUCAAUAUAGUAUGGCCUUAGCUAAAGAAGCAUUACGUGUAAAUGGUACAGUAACCGGUGAACAUGGUAUAGGACUUGGAAAGAAAAAAUUAUUAAUUGAUGAAUUCGGACCAGCAGGUAUAAAAACAAUGAAAGCAAUUAAACAAGCACUUGAUCCAUUGAAUAUUCUUAAUCCUGACAAAGUUUUAUAA